AUGGAUGUCUCUAUAACCCAGCCCAAACCAGUGGUGGUGACCACCGAGAACAGGAAAGAGGUUGUCAAACCGGAGUCUGUGGAGCCUGAGAAUGAUGUUGGGAGUACUUACAGUCCGAGUGACUACAUUUCACCAGUGGGCCAGAAUAGACCAAAUGUCGGAUUUCCAGUCGGGGGAGAGCUGUGUGUAAUCCGAGGGAACAGUUCAAGACAGGAAACGGAUGAUUUGGCAGCCAUGGAAGAGGAUUUUGCCAAGUUCCAAUUUUGCGAUAACCAAGAUCUAGAAUAUUCAGCCACCAAUGAAGAAUCAGCGGAGGCCACGGGAUGGUUAGACGAUCAGCCAGAUUUUGCAGGUGGAAAGCGUCUUGUUCCAGUGGGUCUUGGAGAUGAUGAUCAAUGCAUGGAAGAUGACUUUGCUGCAUGGCGGGAGUUACUUUGGCCCGAGUUAGAUCAGUUGCUUAAGGAUGAUGACAGUUCAACUGUUGCAACUCCUUGCACUGCUGCUGUGUUGGAAUAUCGUGUGGUAUAUCAUGACAGCACAGAUGCAUCAAUAUUGGACAAGAGCAUGAGUAUGUCAAAUGGUCAUGCUGUUCAUGAUGCACAACAUCCAUGCACGUCUAAUGUGGCUGUGAAAAAGGAGCUUCAUACUGCUGCCUCUGAUCGAUCUUGCACCCAUCUGGAAUUUGACAUUGCUGGAACUGGACUUGUAUAUGAAACUGGGGAUCAUGUCGGCGUGUACAGUGAGAAUGUGAUUGACAUUGUGAAGGAAGCUGAAAGGUUAAUGGAUUUAUCACCAGAUACAUAUUUCUCCAUUCACACCGAUAAAGAGGAUGGCACUCCACUUGGUGGUAGCUCAUUGCUGCCUCCUUUCCCUGCAUGUACCAUAAGAAUGGCACUGACUCGAUAUGCGGAUCUUUUGAGCUUUCCGAAGAAGUCUGCAUUACUUGCCCUGGCAGCUCAUGCUUCUAAUCCAAGUGAAGCCGAGCGACUGAGGCAUCUUGCAUCUCUUGCUGGAAAGGAUGAAUAUGCACAAUGGGUAGUUGCAAGUCAACGAAGCCUUCUUGAGAUUGUGGCAGAAUUCUUAUCAGCCAGGCCUCCACUUGGUGUUUUCUUCGCAUCAGUUGCCCCGCGCUUGCAGCCUAGAUAUUACUCAAUUUCAUCCUCCUCAAGGUGA